CUGUAGCCAGUGUAGGCUGGGUUUUUGCCACACCACUACUUGUAGGUCGAGUGUAGAAUUCUUCUACGCUCGAGAGCAGAACGAGAAAGGUUGCGAAGAAGGCACUUGAAGCAAAGUACCGACCCAACCCAGAGUGAGGCAGAUAAGCUAGAGAUCAUCAGUCCCGGCGAGCGACCAAAGGCAAAGGUUGGUUACUUGUGUUCUGGACCGCUUCGUGUGAAUGCAAUGGAUCCACCGGAGCAGUUGGAAAAGGAGUUAGCGGCGUUGGACGCUUUUCGAGAGCUGAUGAAAAAGCUGGGCCCACCUGCAUCAAUGGAGCAGAUAGCGAAGAUGAAAGUGGAGAAGGCUGAUAUCUUCAUAUGCACGCCUCCCAAAGCUGGCACAACAUGGAUGCAGCAGAUUUGCCAUCAGCUGCGCAGCGGUGGAGAUAUGGAGUUUGAAGAGAUCAGCGAAAAUAUUCCAUUCAUCGAGCACGCCUACGACGAGGGGAUAGAUCUUGAUGCGGACCAACGCUUCAAGCCCCGCAUGUUCAAGACUCAUCUGUGUGAAGCGCUCACACCAAAGGGUGCACGCUACAUCGUUGUGACUCGACAUCCGUACGACAUGGCCGUCUCCUCAUUUAAAUUCAUGGAAGGAUGGAUGUUUGAAGCAGGCACCAUCUCGUUGGACACAUUUAUCACCGAACACCUGGUGAAGUUGCCUGCCCCGAGGGGGCGAAAUCGUCAUAUAGCAUCUUGGUGGCCACGUCAUGCCGAUGCCGAUGUGCUGUGGGUGUUCUACGAGGACAUGAAAGAAGAUUUGCAGACACAAGUGGAGCGUGUGGCCACCUUCAUGGGCAUCACGGACCCAGCUGUUAUCUCACAAGCCGUUCACAAAUCAACGUUCGCCUUCAUGAAGGAGCACGAGGAGCAGUUCAGUGAAAUCCCUAUGAAACGCAAGCGUAAUGUCGAGCUGGGGUUGAGACCGGAUGCUGGCUCUGGACAAGGGAAAGUCCGAGUUGGUGGCGGUGAACGGCAUUUAUUGAGUGAGAGAUCGAAGGCAGCGCUUGAUGAAUCGUGGCGCAACAUCUGCCAGCCGGUAUUGGGGGCAGCCACCUUUGUUGAGUGGAGGGCAGCAUGGAAAAGCGAGCAGGAGGCAACGCACACCCAGAGCCCUGAGAAAGACAGGGAAGACUGCUUAUGCUAAACUGUCGUGUCACAGCAUUGUAUUGGGGAGUUUACAGCCCGCCCUGUCAUUUUUCCAUUCCUUUGUUCUUUCUGUCUAUCUGUCUGCUUCCAUUGUGUACUAGCUCCAGUGCACCCCAGCACUGUUGAGCCCUCUUUGCGGUGGACUUGACCACCCCCCCCCCCCCCCCUGUUCUAUCCAUUUACAUGCUUGUAUCUAUUUGUAUCUACUCAAUCUGCGGACAGCAUGCUGUUUCGUUCUUUGUGAACUCAUUAGCGCAGCACAGAGGAAAUGAGCCCGAACCUGGUAGCAAUGAAAAUAACAAAAUUCCAAUCAGGCCCGAACUUACCUUGCCAGAGUGCUCAAGCUGACAAGUCAGUGAGCUUUGCGUAAUGCAAACAGCAAAGGCACUACCCCACACGAGAGUGCUCAACUAUUUGUCUCCAUUUACCCAAUGCUGUAGACAGCAAGCUGUUUCGGUCAUAAAGGCCUCAUCAGUACAGCUACGAGCUAAGCAGGCCGAGCUACCAGCCAUGGUGCAAAGGAGGCACCACAGACAUUCAGAUAGCUCGUCGCCGGCUCUAGCGCCAGAGUGCUCAAGCUACAAAAAGUAUCUAUUUACUAAUCGUGUUUUUA